AUGGAAAGUCACGCUCUCCCACGUGACCUGCCCGCUUCCCAGCCUCUUUCCGCUGCACCCGCUUUGUCUGCCAGAAGAGCGGGGCGCGGGCCUCGGGCACCCGGGCAUCGCCGAGUAGACAAAGGACGCGCCCCGUGUAGCAGAUGCGGGUCCAAGUUGUCUGCUCUAGUGGGCUGCGAACUCAACCUGGAGCGAGAAACCCGCGCUCUGGGGCGGCCCCGCCCUCCUGAACAAUGGGGCGCCCGCGCCGUUCCGUUCGAGGGCUCCUGGGGGGCAGAGGGGUUGUGGCUGCAGCCGCGGAAGGGGCGAGAGGGGCUGCGGCAAGCAGAUGGAGCUGGACAUUUCCUGCACUGCCCAAGGGAGCGCGACCAAGCGAGGUCUGCGAUGCCCUUCCAUUUCAGAGAUGUGGAGACUGAGGCCCUGGCUCUGAGAGCCGCCCUGACACAAGACCCAUGUCCUCCACAGGCACCUGCUGUGGGGAGGCUGGACGUGAGAUCUGGAGAGCUGUCAGGUGCAGAAGGAACAAGCUUGCGUGGGGAAGGGAGUGGACAUGGCAUGCCCCUUCCGAACUACAUUCUCUUCAGAUUCUUCUCAGUUCCCGAGCCCAACCAAAACACCACAUCCUCUAAGAGACUUCUCUGGAUAUCUGAGCAGGAAUUAACCUCUCCCUUCCCACUUCCCCACUGUCCUUUGUUCAGUCAUUGAUUACCACCCUCAUCUAUCAAUCAACUUCUCCCCUGCAUCUUCCUAAAAGGAUUAAGGAUCAUGUUCAGAAAUAUAUGCAAUAGGAUAAAUUGAACUGCAUGUGUUCUUUAUUACUUCUCAGGAGCAUAUAUCAUUUC